AUGCCUGGAUUCGCAGAUUCUUUCUGGUCUUCGGACUAUGCUGCAGGCCUGGGCAUCCUGUUCAGCAAGCUCCAGCAGGGCGUCAUCGAGAACCGGCAGCUGCUGAUCGUGUCCCGGAUGCGUGCCGAGGCCGAGGAGUUGUACGGCCAGAAGCUUGGUGACAUCCCAUUGACCGUCGACAAGGUCCAAGGCGGCUUCUCGCGCGACGACGGCGCCAGCGUGCGCAAGGCCUACGAGGGCGUCCGCAUGGAGAUGGAAGACGCCGCACGCAACCACCGCAAGAUUGCGCAGAACAUCCGCGACCUCGUCGUGAAUCCCUUCUCGCGCUGGUGCGACGCCCACGAGGCACGCAUUCAGGACAACCAGGACGAGCUGCAGACACGCAUCAAGACACAUGACCGCCAGCUCGAGCAGGUCAAGAAGCUGCGCAACAACUACUUCAACAAGUCGCGGCUGCUCGAAGACCUCGAGGAAGAGAACAAGCUGGCCUUCCAAGACCCCGAGACGAGCCCCAAGAACAAGAUCCCCGAGAUCAAGGUCGACAAGGAGGAAGGGCCCGAGGAGGAAGAGGAGCCCUACGAGAUCGGCGACGAGACCUACCAGCCCGACCAGGUCAAGAAGAUCCUGGCGCACAUGCUCAACAACAUCAAGAUGGGCGAGACCAAGGUGCCCAUUCUCGGCACGUACCAGAACACUUCGGCCGGUUCCGACAUUGUUGAGUACCUGCAGAAGAACAUGAAUACCAGCAGCGUCAGCUAUGCCGAGCGUAUUGGCCAGGAUCUGGUCACGCACGGCUUCCUGCGGCUCGUCGGCAAUGUCGGAAACACGUUCGCCAACAGCUCCAAGAUGUCGUACCAGUGGCGACCCAAGGCCUUCCAGCUGAGCGGCGUGCCCGAGAAGAAGGCUGCGCUGGGCCGCACGUUCUCGCUGAACGCUGCCGGCACCGACCCCAACUCCAUCGACUCGCCCGUCAUCGGCACCGUCAACGAGUACCUUGAGAAGUGGAACGUGCUGGGCACAGCCUAUCCCAACGAGACGCCCAGCGACCGCAUGCGGCGCGAGGCGCGCGAGGCUGACGAGCGCUACAAGGCUGGUGUACGGCGGUUGGACGAGCUCCGCUGCGAGCUAGAGGAAGCCAUCUUUGACCACCUGCGCUUCCUGGAGCGCUGCGAGCUCGAUCGCCUCAAGGCUAUCAAGACAGUGGUUCUCGAUUUCUCGGGCACGAUCAGCAACGUGAUCCCCAGCCUACAGUCGACCGUCGACAAGCUCGUGCUGUACCAGGAGACGGUGCAGCCUCUCGGCGAUCUGCGCUACCUGCUCGAGAACUACCGCACCGGCAGCUUUAUUCCCAAGGUCGUCACGUACGAAAACUACUACAACCGGGUGGACGAGGAUACGUUUGGCGUGGACCUGGAGGCGCGUGCGCGCGCAGACAAGAAGCGUGUUCCCAUUGUGGUCACGACACUGCUGACGUACCUCGACCACCACUACCCCGACCUCGAAGGCGACGAGGCGCGGCGCAACGUCUGGCUGAUCGAGGUGCCGCUGCACCAGGUGCACAAGCUUCGUGCCAAGGUCAACCACGGCAAGACGUUCUCGCCUGAGAUCCUUCAGGACUUCGAUAUUCCGACCAUUGCCAGCCUGCUCAAGCUCUAUCUACGCGAACUUCCCGACUCCCUUGUUUCCUCCCACGUCUACGAGAUCAUCCGGACCAUCUACCAGACGCCAGCCGGUGAGAUGCCCGACGAUGCACGCCGUGUGCCGGUGCUGCAACAAACGCUCUCGCAGCUGCGCUUGACGAACAUUGCGACACUCGAUGCGUGCAUGAACCACUUUACGCGACUCAUCGAGCUGACAUCGGCGGACGAGACGUACGUGACUGCACUGGCAACGACCAUUGCGCCUUGUGUGCUCCGACCUCGGGUCGAGAGCUCGCUGACGAUGGAGGAGCGCCACGCAUACCGGCUGGUGCGCGACCUGUUUGCGCACAAGGACGCCAUCUUCUCGGAGCUCAAGCGCCUGUCGGCGCUGACACACUCGUCAUCCAUUAGCCGGCCUUCGGGUAACCUAGCUGCCGCUAACACUCCUGGCGGCGGUGGUGGCCCGGGCAAUGGUGGUGUGGGUGUGGGUAACCGGCCGCGCGCCAUCAGCACGGACGAGAGCAACCGCAAGGCGCACAUGGAGGAGCGCACGCGGGCGCUGCUCGAGAAGGCCAACGGUGGCCGCAGCCGUGCGACGUCACCGGCACCCAGCCCACGCGCCAGCACACACCGGCGGGAGCGCAGCAUUGGCGGGCCCGAGACGCGCUUCCCCAUCCAGACGAGCCCGACGGCGUCGGUUGAACGCCACCGGCAGAGCAUCGGCCCCAUCCUGGGUGUCAAGCGCUCGAGCCUCGAGGUGCCGGGUGACGGCAUAGCAGCGGCAGGCAUUGCUGACUUGUCAGCUACGGGUGCCAACGGUGGUACAUCGGGCCUGGAGGCCUCGGCCCUGCCUGCGGACGGCACCUCGUCUGGUUCGCCUGCUGACAAGCGCAGCAACGUGAACCGGAGUAGUGUGCGGUUCGUCGGCGGCCGGCGGAUCGUGCCUGUAGCAGCAGGCGGUUCAGCCGGUACCACUGGCGCCUCCACAGCAGGUGCCGCAGCGCCAGCUUCCGACUCAGGGAGUGUUGAUGAGUCGGGAAGCCACCGGCACUCCCAGUAUGCUGUGACGCUGGUGGACCGGCCGAUGGACUAA